ACGAGCGAAUAUUAAUUAACUACGAAGAGACGUUCUCCUAAUCUUCAAUGUCGCCGGCGGAGUUUCUUGUCGCUGGCGGGAUGUUAUUGCCAUGCUUCAGGCUCUCUCACUUCUUCUUCUUCCGCAAACUCCAUUAUUAGGUUUCACGGAAAAGCCCCAACAGUGCGCAAUUCGCCCUUCCGGAUUCCACUCUGAUUUUAGUCUGUUGAUUCUCUAUCUGGUCAAUUCCUUAUAUAUGGCCCAACUUGAAGCUAUGCCUGUAAGGGAGAUCCAUGGAGGUCUGAGAUUUGUUGCUGGUGCGGCUAACCUGCCUAUUUCUCCGACAAGCGACGAAGGAUGAUGACGGAGGAAGCUUACGAUGGUACCGAUCUGAAAUGGCCUAAUUAUUUCCAGGAAAUUGGACUGUAGGGCGCCUUUUUAACACCAAACAAAAGAAAACUCCAACGAUGUUGUGUAUAUCGAUUUCUGAAGCACACACAUGGUGACGACUUCCUGAGGAAGCACAAGAACAAAACUCAGGUGACGAUUGAGGAAGCUUACGAUCAUACCGAACUGGAAUGGCCUUCCACUGUUGAUGCCUAAAUAUUUCCAGCAGUCAUCAGUUUCUCUUGAGUCGAAGCCACUUGGUGAACUUUGCUUCGGGGCCUUGCACCGUUCUUGAACAUAAGGCACUUCCAAGGUUCUUAGUGGUUUAUGAUGCCUCCUACAGGAAGAGAGUGUUGCCAAAGUUUAAUGCCCGACCUCAUUAGCAAUCUUCCCCAUAAUGUAAUCGACGCCAUUCUGAUACUUUUACCUUGCAAAGAUGCUGUGAGGACAAGUGUUUUAUCAAAGAAAUGGAGGUAUCACUGGUGUAGACGUACGGAGUUGACCCUUGAUGGAUCACUAUGGAAACAAAGAGAGGAUUUAAACCCUACAGUUAGAUUUAGGGAGAUCAUCUCUCAGCUCUUGACCCUUCACGAAGGGCCCAUUACUAAGUUCACCCUCGACAUCGUUCAUCUAAAAGGGCUUCCUGAAAUUGACGACUUCAUUUAUUUCCUCAGGAAUCACAUUCAAGAUCUUGUUCUGCGCCUUCCAUUGAGAAAGCAAUACGCAUUGCCAUCUACACUUUUCACAUGUUCACAGCUGAGACAUCUAAAUCUUCAUUCUUGUUCAAUUUAUCAUCCAUCUGCCUUUGAAGGAUUUGAUAAGUUAAUCAGCCUGGAACUAUGUGGAGUCUCAACUUCUUCUGAAUUGCUGGAAAGUUUGAUAUCUCAUUGCCCCUUGCUUGAGCAAUUGGAGCUGUCUACUUCAGAAGAUUUAGACAUGAUUGAAAUUAAUGCUCCUAUGCUAAGAUUUUUCAGUUUCACAGGCAAUAUAAGUUCGAUCUGCCUAAAGAAUGUCCCUCGUCUGGUUGAAGCAUUUCUGCUAGGUGACAUUGAGCAGACAGAGAGUCUUGAUUUUGCAAAGAUUUUCGAGUCUUGUUCUGCUCUCAAGCAACUCAGCUUGGACUUCUUAAGUUCGGAGUUCGUUGCUGAGGAAGGAUAUAAAGUACCAAAAAGGCUUCCAUAUAAUCUCAACGUCAGACGAUUUGACCUGCUCGACAUUUCACUUGUGGAAUCAUAUAAACUUUCGCAUAUUCUUUGCUUACUAAGAAGCUUUCCAUAUUUGGAAUAUCUUGAAAUGCAGGUUAUUGAUGAAGAUGAUAGUGAUACUGAUGAAGAUGAAGAUGAAGAAUCUCUUCAACCCGAAACUUUGUCAGAGCUGACAUUUAAUCACCUUGUGGAAUUUCAGCUUGGAAGCUUUAUAGGAGGUACAUCCGAGAUGCAGUUUAUCAAGCAUUUAUUAGCCAACUCCCCGGUGUUAGAGAUACUGGUAAUCAAUCGACAGUUUCUAGAUAAGGAGCCUCUCGACACAAGAGAAGAAAUAUUCACUAAGAUCUCAAAUUUUCCGCGUACAUCACCUAAAGCAGAAAUCGUCUACAAAGAUUUUAGCUGAUCUUGAUCUUUGGCUUAGAAGAACCAAUAUUGACAAGCGAGAAAGAAACAUUUAUGUGGUAUUAUAACUAUCUGGUUUACCUUGCUAGAACGUCUAUUUCAGAACGUGAACAUUGCUGGGAUUGAUGUUUUGAUUAUGUUGUUGUCAUUACAUUUUAAGGAUUUCUACAUUUACUGUAUGUCAUGAUUGAGUUAUAUAUCCAGGAGUUGUUUGUUUUCUUCAGUUUCUGUAGGGACUGAGAAACUGAAUCAGUCUCGAAGUUUACUUGCAAACAAAAAAUGAUAUUUUGAUUA